UUCGUUCAAUCGCCUCGGGCUGCUUUAAACCGAAGCCCAAGCACCAGCUGGGGAAGGAUCUUCAGAUCGACCCCGCAAUCCCCAGCUUUUGCCCGCUGAUAGCAGAAGCUUGUCCCCCACAUAUUUGGUCUUCAGCAUUCCCGACUGAGUCCAAGCUGCUGGAUCAAACCACCAGUUCUCCACACGUGCACCAUGCCACUCAGUGCAGAGAAACAUGUCGACCGCAGAGCGCUGGAGGAGACGACCCUAGUGAGCAACAAGCAAGGGCUAUGGUGGAGGGACACUGGCCUGCGCAAGUUGAACUUGAUGCUGUUCUUUCUCAUGUUCAGCGAGUUCACCCAAGGAUACGAUGCAUCCUUGAUCAACAACGUGCAGGAGUUGACUGUCUGGCAGGAUGACUUCAACCACCCGCAUGGCAGUCUUCUGGGAGCCAUGAGCGCAAUGUACUGGAUAGGAAACAUCGUCGGCGUCGUCUUCAUCUCGUCCAUCUCCGAUAGACUCGGUCGCAGAUACUGUCUCCUAUUUGGUGCCAUUCUGUGCCUCGCGGGUACAGGCAUGUCUACCGGUGCCUCCAGCGCGGGUCUCUUCAUUGCAGCGCGGUUACUGCUAGGCAUAGGAGGUGUGGUCGUUGCUGCGAUUGGGCCCGUCUGGAUGGGCGAGCUGGCAUACCCUGACCACCGAGCGACUGCAACAUCCAUGUCGAAUACGACCUACAGUGGUGGAGCGAUCAUCGCAGCGUGGAUCACAUUUGGAACUUUCCGACUGACAAGUGCAUGGGCAUGGCGCAUCCCGACCGUCUUUCAAGCCCUUCCAUCUCUCCUCCAACUCGUUGGGGUCUUCAUCCUGCCAGAAUCUCCCCGCUGGCUGAUCAGUCGAGGCCGCGAACAAGCCGCCCUCGACAUCCUCGCCAAAUACCACGGCAACGGCGACCCCAACGACAGCGUCGUGCAGUUCGAAUUCCAGGAAAUGAAAGAAACCAUCGAGCUCGAGAUCGCCGCCAACAAGACCUCCUGGCUCGAGCUGAUCAACUCCAGAGGCAACCGAUGGCGCUCGUUUAUCCUCAUCUGGUGUGGAAUCUGCAAACAAUGGUCUGGCAACGGCCUCAUAAGCUACUACCUAAGCAGCAUGCUGAAAUCCGCGGGAAUAACCCGCGAAGUCGACACGACGCUCAUCACGGCCACAAGCCAAAUGUUCAGUUUCGCCUGCGCCCUCGCCUUUGCCUUCCUACCGGGUCGCGUCGGUCGUCGUCCACUUCUCCUGUGGUCAACGGGCCUGAUCUGGCUCGUCUUCGCGCUGAUCACCGCCUGCACCGGCGUGUACGUCGAGACGGGAAGUAAAUCUGCAUCGUACGCCACCGUCGCGUUUAUUUAUGUCUACAAUGGCGUGCAUAAUCUCGGUUGGACGGGGGCGAUGAUGGUUUAUGUCGUCGAAAUCCUCCCCUACUCCCUCCGCGCGAAAGGAAUCUCCCUCUUCUGGCUCGUGACCGGCGCCACCGGCGCGUUCAAUACCUACGUCAAUCCCAUUGGAAUUGAUGCCUUCGCAUGGAAAUAUUAUUUCUUCUACGUGGGGUGGAUUAUCGUUGAGUUCGUCGUCGUGUAUUUCUUCUUUAUUGAGACCAAAGGACCCAGUCUGGAGCAAGUUGCGCUGCUGUUCGACGGGAAAGAUGCGGUGGUUAGUCAUAUGAAUCCGGUGGCGGAUGAGUUUCUGGACGAGGAGAAAGAAGGGAAGGAGAAGGAGAUGGACAAGGCGGAGGCGAGGGAGAUUGAGGUUGCGCGGUAGGUACCUACUUACUUAUAGUACUUACUUACUUACCUAGGUGGUACUGGCUAUUAUUACAGGGUUUACUGGUAUCAUCACCGCAAGGGGCCAUCUUUCUUAUCUUCACCUACCUUAGGUACUAGUAG